CUUAACGUCUCCCUCUCUCUCUCUCGCCGUCUUGUCUUCCUGCCGUUUACCCAUUUUUCUCUCUCUCUCGUUCGUCGCUGCCUUCCUCCGUCGAACACGAAUCCUAAAUUUGAGCCUCCGUCCCGUUAUCAUUUUCCAUUCCUUCCCUCAGAUCGAAGAGGAGGACGGCCCCCUCGAUCGUUUGUGUGGCUUAUAUCCCCCUCGGGCAACUCCACCGGAGAUCUUGCCGAUGAUUUUCUGAGCUGGGUUCCUUAGGGCUCGAAUUCCUACGCCGUUGGCGCCAUCCUGCCGCUAGAACAUCAGCGAGACGCGAACCUCAAGGCAUGUGAUUCUUUGGGCAAACGCUCUUUAAGGAAUUAAGGAAGAUUUUUCUGGAGUGCAUAAUGACGUCGAGGUUUUUGGCUUUUCAAAAAUUCAGAAAAGCUGGUUAUUCUUUUCUAGCAAAUCCCAGAACCAGCUUUUCCACAACGAAUCCUGGAUUUUCUUCAGCAAAUGGUUUACCUUUUUCAUGCAGAUUGUUCCCACAGAACAAGGUUUUUCAUGGAUGGAAUAACUUGUUUAUGCUCUAUAAAACGGAGGAAAAUAUAUCCAAGAAUAAUCCCUUGAGGAAGUUCUUUGUCAUUUCAGCUAGAAGUUCGAUGACACAUCGUAUUCAAGUUGCCUGGAAACAGCUGUGUGUAAUGUACUCUUAUAGAGGAAUUGCAUCUUCACCUGUCAGUAAGAUUGCUUGUGCUGCAAGUUUAGCUGUCGCUAGAUCCCAUUUGGUUCCUAGCUUUCUUGCAUUCAUUACUGGGGAGAUUGCAUUGUCCAAGACAGCUUGGGCAGAUGGGGAGUACUUUCCAACACAAAAUGCACUUUAUAUGCAAGCACAAGAUAGCCAUAUUUUCCUCACCUCCUUUAUUCUUUCCAUAUUGGAGUGUUUUAUUUUGUUUCUAAGAGCAUUCUAUUUGGCAGUUCUGUUCUCUCCUAUUAUAGUAUUGGCUCCACUUGCAGAUAGUUGUGAUACUCAGUUCAGAAAAAUGUGGAAUCAUCUUGUUCAUUCUACUCUGGAAAAAGCAGGACCAGCAUUCAUAAAAUGGGGUCAGUGGGCUGCUACACGUCCGGACCUCUUCCCUAGUGAUCUUUGCUCUGAAUUGGCAAAGCUUCAUUGUAAAGCACCUGCACAUAGCUUUGCCUACACAAGGAAAUCUAUAGAGAGAGCAUUCGGCCGCAAACUUUCUGAUGUUUUUGAGAAUUUUGAGGAGGAACCUGUGGCGUCUGGAAGUGUAGCUCAGGUACAUCGGGCUUCUUUGAGAUUUCGCCAUCCUGGUCAACAUGCAAAGCAGUUAGUUGUUGCUGUAAAGGUUAGACAUCCUGGUGUUGGUGAGUCCAUUAAGAGGGAUUUCAUGAUAAUUAACAUGGUGGCCAAAAUCUCCAAGUUCAUGCCCACCUUGAAGUGGUUGCGCUUGGAUGAAAGUGUGCAACAGUUUGCUGUAUUCAUGAUGUCUCAGGUAGAUCUUGCAAGGGAAGCUGCCCAUUUAAGCCGCUUUAUCUAUAAUUUCCGCAGGUGGAAGGAUGUGUCUUUCCCAAAACCUCUCUAUCCGCUUGUCCAUCCUGCUGUUUUAGUGGAGACUUAUGAGCAUGGACAAAGUGUUUCUUACUAUGUUGAUGAGCUUCAAGGGCAUGACCGACUCAAAAGUGCGCUUGCUCACAUUGGGACUCAUGCACUCUUGAAGAUGCUUCUGGUGGACAAUUUCGUCCAUGCAGAUCUGCAUCCUGGAAAUAUGCUUGUCCGAGCUCAAACCAAGCACUCAAAUAAAAGGCUCUUUAAAUCAAAGCCUCAUGUCAUAUUUCUCGAUGUAGGUAUGACUGCAGAACUUUCCAGCAGCGACCGUGUAAAUCUGCUCAACUUUUUUAAAGCUGUUGCUCUUCGAGAUGGACGCACUGCAGCUGAGUGCACCUUAAGGUUAUCAAGAAAUCAAAACUGCUCAAAUCCAAAGGCUUUCAUUGAGGAAGUAGAUAAAUCAUUUAGUUUUUGGGGCUCUCCUGAAGGGGAUUCUGUCCAUCCGGCUGAAUGCAUGCAUCAGUUGCUCGAACAAGUUCGCCGUCAUAAAGUCAAUAUCGAUGGUAAUGUUUGCACUGUGAUGGUGACAACUUUGGUUUUGGAGGGUUGGCAGCGGAAGCUGGAUCCAGAUUAUGACAUUAUGCAGACACUGCGAACAUUGUUAUUCAAAUCUGAGUUGGCACAGUCUCUUUCAUAUACAAUUGAAGCACUUAUGUCCCCUUAGAGAAAGGCUCCUCCCCUGCAGUUUUAUAUAUUCCCGGAGAAAUUUUUCGACAGCAUAAAGUUGGUGUAUAAUGAUUAUGUUUGGUAUGGGCUCUCCAAUUUUGUUUUUUCCCUUCUAAAUGUUUCUUUUGCAGAUUCAACAUCUGCAUCAUGCUUAAAUGUUAUUAAGGUGAGUUGCUGAUUAAACGGGAAGUGAAGUGGAAUAAAUAAAGAAUCUGUCCAGAUUCUUACACUUGGCAUAUUUGGAAUUGCAGAUAAAUUUCCUUCUCAACA